AUGCGUGCACACCGCGCCCAAGCCGUGCCCCACACCGCGCCACCUGCAUGCGCCCAAGGAUGCCUCGCCCCUGGCCUCCCCUGCCUCCCGCUCCCGCUGCACGCACGCCACGCUCCACCCCUCCGCCGCGGCCACGCGCCCGAUCCGGCCACGGCCAGCGCCGCCCUGCUCCCCUCGCCGCCCGCAACUGCGCAGGCCUCGUCGUGCCACCGCUGCCCGUCCCCUGCUUCCGGCCCAAGCCCGUGGCCUCGCCCCGUUGCUCCUCCGCCGCCCGGCGCCCGCUGCCAGAGCUCGCUCCCGCAUCGGCGCCCGCUCGCGCUGGGCGACAGCGCCCCUGCGCUCGCACGCCCGUAA